GUUAUAAAGAAGCAGACUUUCCGAUAAACCAGAAGCUCAGCGCGAAUCUAAUCAGUUCGUCGCUGAAUACACUUCACAGUUUCAAGCUGCGUUAACGGCCUUGAGGGCGGGACAAAGAAGAGGUCAACUUCUCUCCUUAUUAUCCGCCAUGCCUCCCCAAGAUCACGAGCACGAACAACCACUGUUAGUGGACUCCGACAAACAAACAACCGAAGCCGCUUACGAUUCCUCCGAGCAAGUGGUGGUCGUCGGAGUCGACGAGUCCAACGCUGACUACGACGGCUGUGAUCGUGCCCCGCCGUUUUCAUGGAAGAAGCUCUGGCUCUUCACAGGCCCUGGUUUUCUUAUGAGCAUCGCCUUUCUCGAUCCCGGAAAUCUUGAGGGAGAUCUUCAGGCUGGUGCAAUUGCCGGCUACUCUCUCUUAUGGCUUCUCAUGUGGGCUACGGCUAUGGGACUUCUGGUUCAGCUUUUGGCGGCACGGCUCGGAGUGGUGACUGGGAAGCAUCUGGCUGAACUCUGCAGGGAGGAGUAUCCAACUUGGGCGAGGAUGGUACUGUGGGUUAUGGCGGAGUUGGCUCUGAUUGGGUCUGACAUUCAAGAGGUUAUUGGGAGCGCUAUUGCUAUCAGAGUUCUAAGUAACGGGAUUGUGCCUCUUUGGGCGGGGGUCAUCAUCACAGCUUGUGAUUGUUUUAUUUUCCUAUUUCUUGAGAACUACGGUGUGAGGAAAUUGGAAGCAUUUUUUGCUGUUCUCAUUGGUGUAAUGGCCCUCUCAUUUGCGUGGAUGUUUGGGGAAACAAAGCCUAGCGGCAAAGAUCUUCUUAUUGGUAUUUUGGUUCCAAAACUUAGCUCCAGAACAAUACAGAAGGCUGUUGGAGUUGUGGGUUGCAUUAUCAUGCCUCACAAUGUAUUCUUGCACUCUGCACUUGUUCAGUCAAGACAGGUUGAGCAGAGCAAGAAAGGCCGAGUUCAGGAAGCACUUAAUUAUUAUUCUAUAGAGUCAACCGCUGCCCUUGUUGUCUCACUUAUCAUUAAUGUAUUUGUCACGACUGUGUUUGCGAAGAGUUUUUAUGGUACUGACCUUGCAAAUAGUGUUGGUCUUGUGAAUGCUGGGCAGUAUCUUGAAGAAAAGUAUGGAGGGGGACUUCUGCCAAUCUUAUAUAUAUGGGGUAUAGGGUUAUUAGCAGCUGGUCAAAGUAGCACUAUUACCGGAACUUAUGCUGGACAGUUUAUAAUGGGGGGUUUUCUUAAUUUAAAGUUGAAAAAAUGGACGAGGUCAUUAAUUACACGAAGUUGUGCUAUCAUUCCAACCGUGACAGUUGCUCUUGUCUUUGAAACAUCAGAGGACUCAUUAGAUGUUCUAAAUGAAUGGCUUAAUGUUCUCCAGUCAAUUCAAAUCCCCUUUGCACUUAUCCCCUUGCUUUUCUUGGUGUCCAAGGAGCACAUAAUGGGCGCUUUCAGAAUUGGCCCUGUCCUCAAGAUUGUUGCAUGGUUUGUGGCUGCUCUGGUGAUAGCGAUCAACGGCUAUCUUAUGCUGGAAUUCUUCAACUCUGAGGUCAAUGGAGUAAUGUUUGGUGCUGUCGUGUGCGCUUUUACGGCUGCAUAUGUUGCAUUCAUACUUUACCUUGUUUCAAGGGCCAUUACCUUUUCACCUGGGCAAAGUUCAACACAAUCAAAGAUAAUUGCUGACUCACAGAAUUAACGAGUCAAUGUGAAGCCAAGUUCAAUUUAGGAGGGUUAAGCGUCAUUCGGCUGACGAUUUUCAUUACUGCCUUCACCGCCAAUUGUUUGCAAGCACACUCAUGCUUGUUACUUGUAUAACAACUUGAUGCAGCUGGCAGUGGCACCUUAUCGUUAGUCUGUGCUUUCAUUUUUAACAAGUGAUCAGCAGAUAUUUCUGUCUUGCUAUCGGAUUCUAUUGUACAAAGAACCCAUAGGGGUGAUGUAGUUGGGUGAAAUCUUGGCAUCGAUCGUGUUCAAACGGAUAAAUAACAGCUCCUCUUCUUUCAUUCUGGCUUGCUUUGCUGUGUGCAUGUGGUCUUGUUCAAAAUUUGCCUCUUGUUAAUAGUCAAAUGUGCCAUGUCUCACAAGGUUGUUGGGAAU